AAGUACCCCCUUAACACAGGAAAUACUCAAUUGGAUCUUUGCUUCUCUUCUUAUGCAAGUGGGUCCUUAAAUUCAAUCCCCGUAAUAAACUACUCUAAUGUGACUCAAUUCCUACCAAAUUGGUCUUCCCAAAUCGAACCCACCAGAUUUAUUGCUUUCUUGUAGACUCAAAAGGUAGGUACAUUCAAGACAAGGAAUUCUAAUAAUAUUGCAGUUAUGUAGACCAUAAUUACCAACUUCAUUUUUUUUUUUUUUCCCUUUAUGUAACUAUCGUGUCCCUGAAUCAACUUCCGCAGCUCCGCUCUCUUUCACAACAAGACACAAGAUCAUUCUUUAGAAAAUUGCAAGUGCAAAACUGAGAGGGACCCAUCUCCAUAUCCAAAGGUGAGAUAUCUAUCCAUAAAAACACAUCAUGAGGGAUGAGACCUACCAUGGUGUAUUAGCCACGGUACCAGUGGCAUAAAUGAGAGAUGGAAGGAAAAUACCAGAGUGCUCACAAAAGUCAAGAAAACCAGGCAUCUAGAAUGCCAAUGCUGGCCUCUUGGGCAGCUCCUCCUGUUCUUCCUCCGCUAGGUCUAAAAUUAUAAAACAUAAGGGUCAAAAGAUUCCUUGCCCAUUUAUCUAGUCUUUCUUCGACAGCUAUAGCCUAAAGAAAGUUACUUUUGCCGUCAGAUACAAACAAAACCAUUUUUCCGAG